UCUGUCCUCUUCGGCUUCCAUAGCUCCCUUUGAAACGACAAAACCGUGUUCUCUCCCCCUCUCUGACUCUCUCCAUUUUCUUUCUUCGUUUUCAGCUUCGUUUCCUUGUGAAAAGGGAAACAGAUUCUGAAUUCGAAGAAGAAACUUUGGAGGUGAAGAUAUGUUUCAUGCACAAUGAGUGAGCAGGAGGAGCUAACAAUGCAAGGCCGGGAUAUGCCGAGAUGGAGUGGACAAGAAGAGAGAAUCUUCGUAUCGGUGAGGGUGAGGCCUCUGAAUGAGAAAGAAACUGCGUCGAACGAUGUGAUAGAUUGGGAAUGCAUCAAUAACAAUGCCAUCAGAUUCAAGCACACCCUGCCGGACAGGGCCAUGUUUCCCACUGCCCAUACAUUUGAUCGAGUAUUUGGGACUGACAGCUCCACAAAGAAGGUGUAUGAAGAAGGAGCCAAAGACGUUGCCCUUUCAGCAGUCGGUGGUAUUAAUUCAAGCAUUUUCGCAUACGGGCAAACCAGCAGUGGAAAGACCUACACCAUGACUGGAAUUACAGAACAUGCAAUGGCAGAUAUAUAUGACUACAUAGAUGGGCAUAAAGAAAGAGAGUUUGUGUUGAAGUUCUCUGCCAUGGAGAUAUACAAUGAAGCCGUUAGAGAUCUUCUGAGGUCGGACGGUGCUGCACUUAGACUUUUAGAUGAUCCAGAGAAAGGUACAGUUGUUGAGAGACUUACAGAGGUGACUUAGGACUGGAAACAUCUGCAGGAGCUUCUUGCCGUAUGUGAAGCUGAAAGAAAGAUAGGAGAGACCUCUCUAAAUGAAACUAGUUCCAGAUCUCAUCAGAUUUUGCGAUUGACAAUUGAAAGCUCUGCUCGUGAAUAUAUAGGCGCCCGAAAUUCAAGAACUCUUGCAGCUCAACUGAAUUUUGUUGACCUUGCUGGUAGUGAGCGUACUUCUCAGACAUUAGCAGCUGGUACAAGAUUGAAAGAAGGGGCCCACAUAAAUCGCAGUUUACUGACUCUGGGAACUGUAAUCCGAAAAUUAAGCAAAGGAAGAACUGGGCAUAUUCCUUAUAGGGACUCCAAGCUAACACGCAUUCUGCAGAACUCCCUGGGAGGCAAUGCCAGAACAGCCAUCGUCUGCACCAUGAGCCCUGCCCGCAGUCACGUUGAGCAAUCAAGAAACACCCUCUUGUUUGCAAAUUGUGCUAAAGAGGUGACUACUAAUGCACAGGUUAACGUGUUGAUGACCGAUAAGGCAUUGGUAAAGCAACUGCAAAGAGAACUGGCUAGACUGGAGGGUGAGAUGAAAAACUUAGCAAUGGGUCCCAAGACAACUGAUGUUUCCGCUUUACUGAAGGAGAAAGAUCUCAAGAUUGAAAAGAUGGAUCAAGAGAUUCAAGAAUUGACUAGGCAAUGUGAGCUUGCUCGUGCUCGGGCUGAGACUAGAAGGCAAUUAACUAGAGAAGAUCAGGUUUCAGGAACUAAUGAAUAUCCCGUAUUAGAACCAUCAGCACUAGCCAAUCCUUGUUUCGACCAAGUAAGUCCCAGAACAUGCAGACCCAACUACAAUAAGCAUUACCAACAAUUUGCCGAGAAUCCUGAAGACAAUUUUCUGCGGGAUAUCAAGUCUUCCAGUCCUGAUCCGUAUGAGGGCUGGGAGGAGACUGCCGGAAUAGAUGAUGAAAAAUCUGAAGAUAGCUGCAAGGAAGUUCGAUGCAUUGAAGUGGAUGAAUCGCGAAUGGAUCAAAAAAUAGAAGCUCCUCUGUUCUUAUCUAGUCUUGAAGAAAGAAUUGGACACUUAUCCUUGAGAGAGGUAGUGCAUGCAGAUGCUGUAACAUCCCCACAGAAGGGACCUAUGGAGGAAAUGAAUGAAGAUGUAAUGUCACCACAGAAGAGAUCUAAGAAGGCUACGGAUGAAGAUGCAGUAUCAUAUCCAUGUAUAAGAUCUGAGAAUAUUACGAAUGAAGAUGCAGUAUCAUAUCCACAUAAACGAUCUGAGAGUUUUAUGAAUGAAGAUGCAGUAUCAUAUCCACAUAUAAGAUCUGAGAAGAUUACAAAUGAAGAUGCAGUAUCAUAUCCACAUAAACGAUCUGAGAGUUUUAAGAAUGAAGAUGCAGUAUCAUGUCCACAUAUAAGAUCUGAGAAGAUUACAAAUGAAGAUGCAGUAUCAUAUCCACAUAAAAGAUUUGAGAGUUUUAUGAAUGAAGAUGCAGCAUCAUCCCAGGAGAAUGGGUCUCGGGAUUCGGUUGAUGUCAAUAUAGAUUCCGCUUAUGAUGAUCUGAAGCAAAAAAUUCAGAGCAUGCAAAAGGCCAUCAGCUGUCUUAUUAGUUUCUGUCCGUCAGAGCAAUCUCCAAGUCACUCUGAAGCAAACACAUUCCGCUCUAGAAGCAUGAACUUCGGUAGAAGCAGAAGUUGCAGGGCAUGUCAGCUAUGGAACUUGUCUAGAAAAGAUUCUCAAAUUUCUCUAACCAGUGCUUUCACAGAAGCACAGAACAGCGACAAGUCUGAUGAUUCAGAGGAUGCUAGAAGCGUCCUAAGUUAUGCUACAGGAGCGAAUGAAGAGGCCCACCCUCAAUCCAAGAAACGAUUUGGUGAAUUGGUACGAAUUGGGACUGCACCCGCCAACUAUGAUCGCAGGAACAAUGGAAAGGAUGCUGGGUGGGCUGAAGUGCAGGGUGCUCUGCAGCCUGGUUCUAAUUGGUACGCCGAAUUUGAGAGGCAGCGAAGAGAAAUAAUUGAACUCUGGGAUGAGUGCAAUGUGCCGUUGGUCCAUAGAACCUAUUUCUUCCUUCUCUUCGAAGGUGAUCCUUCAGACGCUGUGUACAUGGAAGUAGAGCUCAGACGGCUGUCCUUUCUCAAGGCUACUUUUUCGCAUGGAACUCUUACGGUGAAUAAGAGUGAAACUCUCACACCAGCUUCAAGUGCGAAGGCUCUCCAUCAGGAGAGGAAAAUGUUGAGCAGGAAAGUGCAAAAGAAAUUCUCCAAGAAGGAACGAGAACGCCUUUACCAGAGGUGGGGUAUUGGGCUGAACUCAAAGCGGAGAAGCCUACAAUUAGCAUGCUGCUUAUGGACGGACACGAAGGACAUGGACCAUCUGAGGAAGAGUGCUGCACUUGUUGCAGGCUUGGUGGGAAAGCCAGGUCAAGCAUGCAAAGAGACAUUUGGACUUAGCUUCUUGUCCCAACAACCUGUAUCCCGGAAAUCGUUUCCAUGGAAACACGGUCUGAUCUCUUCUCUCUCGUAAGUGUUGGAUUGAGAGAGGUACGUACCCAUACCUGUUGAACCAUUUGAUACUGAAAAGCUGAUCAAAUUAAAAUAUACGAUUGCAGUUUUGCACCCAACUCCAAACACUCAAAUGUAUAUGUUUUUCCCUUAGUCCAGCUUUUAAAUGUAAAUUCAAAGGCUUGAAGCAUCCUCUAGUUACAAAUUAAACAUGAUCACGGACGGUAACGGUUGCGUUUCUUUUCAAUAUAAAUUAAUGAAAUGUACCUUUUACUUUUAUGUUUGUAAAGCUUGUGGACUAUCUAAUUUGGUACAGGGAUGGUUUGUCAUGAAUAAAAAGCAUGGCAAAUAAAUAAAUUGAGAAUUCGAGGUUUGAUUCUCUCUGUUUCUUUAUUUUUCGAAAUUCCCUCGAAUUCUGUCUACUUUCAAAAAUAUAAACUCGCAAACAAGAAUUUUUUAAAAAGAUAUGGAAAACAUGACUUUU